AGCGGUAAGUGUUGCAUGUGCGCGCGCAAGGGACAUGUCCGAUCAUACGCGAUUUGGGGGAGAGCCUGUGCCUGAUCAACCACACUAAAUGGACAGGAUUUUGUGUGCGUUGGACUGUUGUUUUAUGCGUAGAAUUCCAUAUACCAUGCACCGCCGCUAUUUGCAGACACGAAACAUGGACGCGAAUAACAUGGACGCGUCUCCGCUGCUGGGUGUCUGCGGAAUCGACGCGCUGGCCUCAGAAUCCGAUGUCAGCACCGUGGCUAGGACAACUCAGAACCGUACUGAGAAGCCGGCCGGAGCAGCACCAGAGUACGUGAGCGUGCGAGUGAGGCUGAUGACGACGGACAUGCCCGCGCCACCGCUGGCCAACAAUCCAGUACUGGGGAACAAUGCCCAGCGCUGCUCCUCGACAACCGUCGUGUCGUCGUCAAAACGCCCUGAUACGAGGCGAUCACACGCCAGCGCGAUGUCGAUGCAGACUUUCUCCCCGCUAGUCAGAACCCCGUCGCGGCGGCGCGCUUCAAUGUCGGUCAGCACAGACACGCGAGAGAUUUCACUCACUGUUCGGUCGUCGCACACCAUUGAGGAGCUGGCAACGCGCAUCGAGGGGCUGGCCAACGAUGGCGAGGAAUCAGGCGACUGCAUGGCGCUGUUUAAGGGCGGGCGGCCGCUGCAGUUUGCGAGCCGUGUUGCCGAUGUCCUGGAAGGCAGGGGAUGUGGUUACUGCGUUCAAGACUGGCGACAUCCCUGAAAUCGACGACGACGACGAUUGAUAGCUAUCCUCCGGCACCCGACAAAGACCACCGCCGCUCGCAGCACCAGCGACGUGCAUCUGAUGUCCAUCUCGGUCAUGCACGCUGAGUAAUAUCGAUAUGACCCGCGUCGGCGACCUUGUCGCGCAGGCUCCACUCAAAGCGCGCUUUAUCAACACACUGACCCACCCCGUACCGCUGCGCGCGUUUCUAGGAGUUUUGCGCAUUGCCAUCUGAGCUGGCGCUUGAAUCGCUGCUCUUUGUGCUGGAUGUCGAGCGAUUCCGCCAUGUGCAGCCGAUCGAUGGCUCGUCUGUUGGCCAACUAUAUCUACCUGAGCUAUGUCGCGCCAUCAGCCCCACUGCGCAUCAAUGUCAGCAACCAGAUGCGCGAGCGCAUCCCCUGGCCGUUCCUUCCCGGGUGGGAGUACAAUCCAUGGGUGUUUGACGAGAUUCUGGCCAGUGUCGGCU